AUGGCGACUGGUGGGUGUGAAGAAACUUCGGAUGAAAUAUUUAACUUUAAAUGUACGCCUUGUGCCAAGAAAAAUAAGAAUAGAGAAGCGGUAAAAUACUGUGUGGAGUGUCAAGGAUAUUGUUGUAGAUCAUGUGUAGACAUACAUGAAGAUUUUCCUGCUUUAGAAGGACAUCAGCUUCUUGAUAAAUCAGAUUUUAAGUCGACAGGUAUUACGUCGGACCUCCCGGAUUUACCGACCUUGAGAUGCAAGAUUCAUACAGUAAAGGUUAUGGAUAUGUACUGUGGAAACCAUGACGUGGUGGGUUGCACAAGUUGCAUGGCUCUGACACACAGGAGUUGCACAGACGUACAACUGGUACCCGAUAUUAUAAACACUAUUUUUAAAAAGGAAGACGCAGAUGCAACAACACUUAAGCUACAGGAUAAUAUAAAGCAGUUGAAGAAAAUUAUACAGAUGCGUUUGUCACUUCUUAAAGAGAUGAAGGAUUCAAAGGCAGAAGCAAUAACUACGAUUACAGACUUCAUAAAAGAAUUGGAACUUAUACUUCAAAAUCUAAAAAAGGAAUCUAUAAAUGAAAUUAAAGAAGAAUAUCACAAAAGAGAGAGUAUGCUAGAGGAAGAAAAGAAAAAAGCUGAAACUGAAAUGGAAGACAUGAAGCAAGCUGAUAAUGAUAUUCUGCAACUAGAAGUAAACAAAGCUCAAACAUUUGUCAAUAUGAAAAUCGCUCAAGAGAAAGCUACCAGAGCAGAUGACGUCAUUAAUUCCUUGAAGACACCUUCUAUCACAAAAAUAAAAUUUCAAGUGAAGACAGAUGUACGAGAUACUUUGCGUCGAUUAAAAUCAUUAGGAAAACUCAGCAUUAGUUCCUCCGCAGCAUUGAAACCUAGGACAAGCGUCUAUUCAAUUACCAGCACCAGUGAUAUGAAUAUCAAAUUGCCUAAUGACACAAAUAAAUGUUAUAUCUUUGGAUCAUGUUUAACAGAAACAGGAAUGCUGCUGUUAACUGAUAAUAACAAUAAAAAAAUGAAACGUACUUACGUUACCAAUAUAUUUGCGAUAGAUCAGUGGGAAUUUCCUGUUUAUCCUCACUUUGUUUGCGCUACAAAUGAACAGGAAGCAGCAGUAACCUUUUAUAACAACACAAUUCAAUUUGUCUCUCUUGGAAACCAAAUGACACAAACACGGCAACUAACCAUGGGUCAUCGUUGUUUCGGCAUUGCUUGCAAGGAAGACAAAUUGUACAUAACUGAUGACAGUUCUUCCCUAUAUGGCAGGUAACGUGCUGCAGACAGUAUCGAAAGACAUUUCCGGGAAUCAUCCUUUCGGAAGUAGUAGGGACAUUGCCUUCAGCGACAACAGAGACAAACUGUUCGUCGUCGAUUUUACUAAUAGGAUGACAACUUUUGAUAUUCACGGAAAUCGUACUGAUACAUAUACCGAUUCGGAUUUAGUUCAAGUUUCAGGAAUUGAUACUGAUAAAAGAGGCAACAUAUUUGUAUGUGGAUGGGGAUCAAACAACAUUGUACAGAUAGGACAAGACGGAAAGAAGAAAGGAGUGAUCGCAACAGCGUCAGAUGGACUUUGUAAACCAUUAUCCAUUUGUUUUGAUCCAAAACAGAGUGUGUUAUUUGUCACACAAGGAUACAAUAAUAAAAUGAAAGUAUUUAAUUUGAAAUGAAACGGAUAGCACUAUACCAAUCUUGACAAAAAUAUACUUAUUGAAUGGCUUGCCUGUCAAUAAUAAAAACUUUUUGCCUGAGGACCAAAUAUGUUAUGUAUGAUAUAAGAAAUUAAAUUAAAGUAUUUCUCAGUUGUUUACUUUAGCCUAGUAAAUCCGUGUUGAUCAAUAGACCGAUCAAUUGCACAAACUGUAUACCGGCGAUUUAUAUAGGAAGUAGUAAAAUCGCUGACAAAAACAGCUCGAAUAGGAUUUUUGGUUAUAACUUUUAAAGGAAACAUUACGUAACUAAUGAGAAAAUUUUUCCGCUACAUGCGUCGUUUGAUAGUUUAUUUCAAAAUGUUUAUUUGCAACAAUCAUACAAAGAAAUACCGUGUUAAAUAUAAACGAAGCUCCGUUUCUUUGUCUUUUGGCUACACGAUGGUAUAUAGUUCACAUGGCAACGCGAUAAUCAACCUGUCCCGGCGAGGUAGUAUCUCGUUGGAACGCGGCAAAAAGAUAUAAAUCCAACACGCAAAUUCGUUCCAGAAACCAUUCUUAUCGAAGGGGUUGACAAUCUUAGCUAAAUGUAUUAAAUAUAUACAGUAUAAAUCACCAUGCGACGUAAUGAUCAGCUUCUUAGAUAAAUUGGGCCAUCGGGAGGGUUAAAACCCAAACGCCGUUUGCUCUAGUUUUAAAUGCCAUUUUUAAACAAAUCUUUAAGACAAAACAACAACAAACUAAACGGUCUGAACAUGUGGAGGUAUACUCCAAAAAAAUGGCACUGUGUCUGUUGUGCAAUUAUUCAUUGUUUUAUUAUGUAGUAGUCCUGGAUACACAAUAAAAUAUUAUUGUCCCGGGAUGUUUCCUUAUAAAUACAUAGAGAUUCAAAGUAUACCACAUUUAUCAUUUUUUUCGCACGCGAAAAUGAUGUUUUUGUUUCGUAAACAGAAAAACAAAGACAACCAUCAGUUUCACUAAAAGAAUGAGAACUAUUGAUAAUCACGGGAAACAUACUGAUAUAUAUACCGAUUCAGGAUUAAUUGAAGUUUCAGGAGUUGAUACUGAUAGAAUAGGCAACAUAUUUGUAUGUGGAUACGGAUCGCACAACAUUGAACAGAUAGGACAAGAUGGAAAGAAGAAAGGAGUGAUCGCAACAGCAUCAGAUGGAAUAGUGAUCCCAUUUGUUUUGAUCCCAAACAGAGUAUGUUAUUCGUCACUGAAGCAAGUAAUGACAAAAUAAAAGUCUUUAAUUUGAAAUGAACAUGCGAACACUUUACAAAUCAUAUCAAAACAUAUCUAGCUUGAGUGCAAAACACUGAAGUAGGGCUAUAAAGCUAGUAUAUUGUUUGUCACACAAAGAAACAAUAAAUAAAAUGCAAGUCUUGAAUUUGAAAUGAAAAUGAUAAUGCUAUACCAAUCUUGACAAAACACAUUGUUAUUUCAGUAAAGCUUGUUCUGUCUGAGAGCAAAGACACUGACAUAAGACUAGAAUACUAUUUAUUUAUUUAUUGAAUGGCUUGCUGGUCAAUAAACUGAACUAUUAACCUGGGAUUCAAAUGUUUUAUUACAUGACAUAAGAAAUAAAUUUUAAAGUGCA